CACACGCGGAACACAGCAUAAGUAUCGUCUGCAGAAAUUCUUAGGGAGAGAAGAGAACAGUGAACUUCUUUGCGCCUCUUUCAGCGACAACAGGGGUGCCUAAGGGGAUGAGAGCAGCAGACAGUAAGGGACCACCACCUCCUCCCUCACCUCCCCAUUUUUCCCAACUCCAAAUCAAUGAAUCAGCAGCAGAUAAUCCCCAACAUGCUUAUAUGAAAAGAUAUCAAGAAAGUCCAAUGAGGGUGGAAUCUUCAACUAUGUCAGAUCCCUCCUGCGGCCUUCACAGGGCAGCACUAGGAGAGGAGUGCCUGAAUGAUGAGUGUGAAGAUGAAGAGCAGAUGAAAGAUCGCAUCGGACGUCGAGAGGAGGAGGAGCGAAUGACGCAAUCGCCAGAUACUCUCAUAGGCUCCAUCAAUCUGCACAUGGAACUUGCUACCAAGAAAAGAGAGGUAUCUCAUUUGGUUGACGAAAUGCAAAGGCUUCAAUCAAGUAUCAACAAUCUUAAAGAAAUUAGUACUUCAAAAAUAGCUCAACUUCAGGACGCAGUGACAGAAAAAGACAGAGUCAUCAAAGACUUAGCGGAAAAGCUGCUUAGGCAACAAGACUAUUCUGACCUAAAGCGAGAACUUAGACUAUUGAAAGCUCUCGAUAUGGGAGGGUGGCAGUCGUGGGGGACAGAGCAGAUGGAAAGCGCAUCUCCGACGAAUGACAAAACUCCGUCAGAGCCACCUGACACGAAUGGAGCAAGAAUGACACCUCCUUCAGAGGACGAAAGUGCCGGCGGACCUGAAGAACCGUCAUCAGCAUCCACUCCUCCCUCUGCUUCCUCAGUAGAUCCCAUCGAUUCUGCGUCCACUGAACAACUUCAGAGGUACCUCCGAAUCAACGUGGACCGCUUCUGUGGAGAGUCCCUCAACACCCUCACUAUAGCCCGAUGUGUCCGUGAACUUCUCAGUGUCAAUAACAUUGGGCAGAGGCUCUUCGCCAAAUUGGUCCUUGGACUGUCACAAGGUACCGUAUCGGAAUUGCUGUCGAAACCCAAGCCGUGGGAUAAGCUAACGGAGAAAGGAAGAGAUUCCUACAGAAAAAUGCAUGCCUGGGCCUGCGAUCAGCAUUGCGUUAUGUUGCUCAAAUCGAUGCUUCCAAAGAAAGGUCGCGAGGGUUCUUCUAAACCUGAAACAGAGGAUAGAAACGCGCCACCGAAUCCAGAAACCACCUGUCCAACAUCGUCCGGCAUAGAAGAUAAUAACAAUAACACACCUGAAGUGUCCAUUGCCUCCCAUCCGCAUACAGCCCACAAGGACCUGAGACACCAUAUGCAUCAUAUGGGACACCAUCCAAUGUAUGCCGAUGUUAUGAAUGGUUCCAAAGCCUUUUGCCACUAUGGGCCUGAAUUUCCACCUGUUAUGCUAGCCCAUAUUUAUCAGGAGGAAUUGCUAAAACUUAUAGGAAAAAGAAUGAAGGAAGGACAGCCAGAAGAACAAGUGAAACAAGCUCAAGACGAGAUUCGUCAAGCCUUGGCGAUAUAUCACCGCGAAUUGACACUUCUGGCUGCCCAAGGUUCUCACCACCCUGAUCCGUCUUGCCAUGCGUGUCCGAUGCAUCGGAGACAGGAUUGUGGAAUUCCAUUUUGCAGAGACCAGCCUGCUUGCUGUCUGCCACAUCCCCAACAGCAGAACCCACACGAUCAUGGUGGCUUCUUCCCUUCGGAUGCCAUGAAGGUGCUUUCUCCAUAUUCAGGGGCUUCUCCACUCAUUCCAUUGCCCCCUGAAGGACAACAAACAUCCAAUUCAGAAGAAUCCUCGCCUCUCCAGAGGAUGCAGUCGAUUACUAAUUCCUUAUUGAAUCAGGCAGCCACGCCGAGUUUCAACACUUUGCCACAACGCCCAAUGAAAGCUGUUUUGCCACCAAUCACGCAGCAGCAAUUUGACCACUACAACAACUUGAAUACCGAAGAAAUAGUAAAGAGAGUGAAAGAACAGUUAUCCCAAUACUCCAUCAGCCAGCGGUUGUUUGGGGAAAGUGUCUUGGGACUGUCGCAAGGCUCCGUCUCCGACCUGUUGGCACGGCCCAAGCCCUGGCACAUGCUGACACAGAAAGGUCGGGAGCCCUUCAUCCGCAUGAAAAUGUUCCUGGAGGACGAGAACGCAGUCCACAAGUUGGUGGCCUCACAGUACAAAAUAGCGCCGGAGAGACUGAUGAGGAUGGGCGGAUAUGGAGGAGUGCCAGUACCACCAGCAGGACCAAACCGAUUCAGCCCCGUCAGUUCAUCCGAACCAACGUACCCAAGUCAUCAACAAACCCCGUCGAAACCCUCUCACCCGUCUUCUCCACAACCUCCAUCAACCCCAGAAAGUCCCUCAGCCCCCCUCACAGCACACAGUCCCUCCGGAAGCGCAGCCCUACCUUCCAGUGCUAACCUGAAAGGGGCGGGGCCGCCCGGCCGGAGGGGCAACCGGUGCUUGGCCCCUUACGUGCAACCCUCCGUCUAUGAGAUGGCAGCAGUUACAACGGAUCUAGACACUCAGAUAAUUACAGCAAGGAUCAAGGAGACUCUUACUGUACAUAAUAUCGGACAAAAACUGUUUGGUGAAGCUGUACUCGGCUUAUCUCAAGGAUCUGUGAGUGAGCUCCUGUCCAAGCCAAAACCUUGGCACAUGCUUAGCAUCAAAGGUCGUGAGCCCUUCAUUCGAAUGCAACUCUGGCUGAAUGACCCAAGCAACGUCGAAAAACUGCAGGCCAUCAAGACAGAAAGACGAGAAGCUAAUAAAAGGCGCAGAAACGCUUUGGAUGCCGAUGGGCCAUCUCCACUUUUACCCUGUGGAGACCAACAACAACAGUUUCCUUUGGAUCCAAUAUUCUUAUACCCCUCUUCCGCCAAGAAGCCCCGAAUCCUGUUUUCUGAGGAACAAAAGGAAGCGCUGAAACUCGCCUACAACUUGGACCCUUAUCCUAGCACAGCCGUCAUGGAAUUUCUCUCUUCUGAACUGGGACUUUCAGUUCGCACCAUCACAAACUGGUUCCACAAUCACCGCAUGAGACUGAAGCAGCAAAAUCAAGAACCUGAUCCUCCACCUUAUCCACCCCCAGAAAAUGCCACGUCUUUCGAUCCAAUACGCUUCAGGCUCCUGCUUGGACAACGUCUGGCAGAGAUGUGCAAGAAUCAGCAAGGGUCAGCGAAUCAAAUGCUUCCUUAUUUCUCAGAAGCUCAGAGGGCAAUGUGUCCUUUACCAGGAUUGGCUGGAGUUCCACUGCCUGUUAGCAAGCCGGAUGUGGAUAAUACUCUGGAUUUAAGUGUAUCCAGUCACCAGUAUCCACAGAAAGAAGAUAAACCUGACAAGGAAGAGGACAGUGAUAGGAGAUCUACAGAAUCCGCCCCAACCAGAGCAUCUUCGUCGUCUUCCUCUCAAUUAACCCACGCCGCGGCAAUAGAUUUAACACCAUCAGCUGAUAAACCCAAUGCAGCAUUUAAUUCCAGGAUGUCUCCUUUGGGAUUUCCGCGUGUUCCAAGCACGAAAGCAUCUUUGGACCUUAGCUUUUCGACAUUCCAGAAAUUAUCUGGUCACGAUGUUCCAUCAAGUACAGCACCCCAUAAUUUAUCUUUAGAUUUAGCAUUAAGGAAUACAACACCAGAUAUUGAAGCGAUUCUACGAGGAGCCUCAACAAGAAUGGAUCUUCAUUCCAGAGGUUCUGCCAUGGAUUCUCCAGUAGACUUACGAGAAGAAAAGCGUCCAAAUAUUUCUGCAUCAUCCACUAGUGGUAGUAGUAACCGUCGGAAGGCCGCUGCACCACAGUGGGUGGAUCCUGGACUGGAUUUAUCCCCUGAUAGUGAUCUGGUCGGUUUUGAAGAUGAUGACGACGACGAAGAUACAAAUGAAAUCCUGGAUGCAUCAUCUGCGGGAAUCAGCCAAGUUAUAAACGGUGUUUGUGUUAGACAAACAGACUUUUCAGCUCGAUCAGUGGGUAUUGAUUCUGUUAUGCGCGUUGAUUCCAACGAAAUGUCAUUCUGCAAUGCCAACAAGAAAGAAGAUGAAAAUGCUAAACUCGAGAGAGAACAAAAUAUAAGGAGAUUAGAAAGAGCCAUAACUGAGCACGAUGAAGGAUGGGAUGAUAUAAGUGAUGAUGAUGAAAUAUGUCCUAAAUCUUAAGGAUACAGUGUGGCUUAAAGCAAGCCCGUCUGAACUGUUUUAAACAGGUCUUCUGGAAUCCACUGAAGACCGAACAAAGAAUGUUGAUUUUUCUGGCAACCAGGAACUAAAAAAUUGCAGUUAACAUCAAGUGACAAGUAUGACUUCAAGUUUACAUAAAAGUAACUACAAAGAACAUAUUGGGACUUCAUUAUUGUCUUAGAAACAAUUUGAAGUUCAAAACUGUCUUGAAGGUAACCGAGAAUCAUAAGAAGUUGUUUUGCAGUGAAUAACAAUAAAAAAAACUCAUUGAGUUUUCCCAUUGCCAUUCAUCACAAUACAUUUAUUGAAGUAGAUGAGUGAAUUCCAGAGACUCAAAGUCUCAUUUUUGCAUCUGUAAAAAGUAUUUAUACAUCUUUGUUUUGCGUUUCAUAUGCUGAAAUCAGUAGAAUCAUCUAUGUAGCGCGCUAUUGACUAUGGCUGAUCCAUUUCUUUUUAAAGAAAAAUCAGAACAUUUCGUUCCUCUCUAAACCAAGCGAAAUGGCAAGUUCCUGCCAAGCUACGUCGAAGUUGCUGGUUUUCGAUCAAAACAUUUAUGAUCUUAAUUGUGCUUGAGAUUAAAAGCAGAUUCUUUUUUUAAAAAUACUGUUAAACAUUUCGAUCAAUCCUAUCACAAAUGAAGACCAUCAUUUAGACAAUGUAAAUACACUACAUAAACAUUUUUUGUGCAUCAAUUCUUGCUUCCAGUGUCUUCAAAAAAUCAGUUGAAAGACCAUUUUGUUGUUCCGAACCUUUGUGAGACCCGUAAGCGCGGCAUUAGCUGUGAUAACCGUCAAGCCUUUUUACCCGAUUGUGAAGUUUCUCUCGCAUAUUAUUAAAUUUUGUUUUUGUAAUACCACCCAAUUGGUUAAGCGUCUGUAGAAGAACCUGUAGACAAUGUGUAAUCAGUUAGUUCUAGAAUUUUGAAAUGCGCGGGUUCUUUUCAUUAGCAGUGACUCAGUCAAUAGUUAUUUGAACAGUACUGAGAAGGCACAUUAAUUUAUUUCAAAGCUGAUUUUUUUUUUCAUUACUUUCUCUUAUCAAGACCAAGCUUUCAAAUCAAGCAGCUGUUAAAUCAAAAAUUGUAAUCUAAAUUAAAGCAUGUUGGCUUCAAAAAUGUCUACUCAAGCUAUUAGGCUUACUUUAAAGAAGAAUAAAAGAGUAUUCUGUAAAAACACAAUUUUAAUUAAAUAGGAUACUUGAAAUUUCUCUGGAAUGCUACUCUAUUUUUAUCGUUAAAAGAACAAGACACUGUAAAAGAGGUUAAGAACAAUCAUCUCUUAAAAAUUAUGAAGAAGUUUGGGCUAAUUUAAGUAUACAUCUUUUUUGUUUCUUUUACUUUCCUGAUGAAACGUAGAAUGAAAGAUUUGUUGUGUUUUCAUGUUGAUUAUUUUACCUAUAUUUAUUACUUAUUACGAUAUACAGUGCAAUAUUAAAAUGUUAUUAAAGUGGUUUGAUUGUUUAAAAGUUGUUAUUAGCUUUUUGGCACAAAAUUGACACUGCUUACUUUUAUUCUUUUUUUAAAUAAUAUCUGAAAUUGUAGUUUUCAAGA